AUGGACAAGAAGGGACAGUCGAAAAAGGAGAAGACCGCCGUACACGUGUUCGAAGGUCAAUGGCCGGCCGAACGGGACACAACAAGAAAGUACAACGGUGGCAACAACAGCAACGGACGAUGGACGGACGGACGGACGGACGAACGAAAGGACGAAUCGCACAACGGAUUUGUCGCCGCCGUCCCGCUUGCCCUGUUCGUCGUCGUCGCUUCGAUGACGAGUGACGUUUUUUCCUCAUCGGGAUUGAUUCAUUUGCUCGAUACAAGUUUUUGUCCCCCGACCGCCCCGACGAUGAUGACAGUUCCAGCCAGCCAGCCAGCCAGCCCGUCCGCCUGCCUGUCAGCCAGCCAGCUGUCAUCGUCAUCGGUGGUUUCGAUCUAUACGCCUAGCUUCGCCUCGCCUCGCCUCGUUUUGCCUCGACUUGACUCGCCUCGCCUCGCCUCGCCUCGCCUCGCCUCGCAUCGCUUUUCCUCGUCGUGCCUCAACUCGUCAUCAAUUCACUCAUAUCAACUUGACCACAUGUCGCUUUGCGGCUUCGGAGCGCCGUUCUUCAACAUCGACAGCGACUUGCAGUUUCUCCAAGGUAAAUCAAACAACCUGAACAAACUGUCUCCCGUUCCUGUGUUCUUUUUCAUCGUCGUUUUGUGA